AUGUCCGCCCCGCUCGUCACGCACAUCUACACCGCCGACCCCUCGGCGCAUGUCUUUGACGGCCGCGUUUACGUCUACCCGUCGCACGACCGCGAGACGGACAUCCACUUCAACGACAAUGGCGACCAGUACGACAUGGUCGACUACCAUGUGCUGUCGAUGGACAAGAUUGGCGGUGAGGUGACCGACCACGGCGUCGCGCUCGCGGCCAAGGACGUGCCCUGGGUCGACAAGCAGAUGUGGGCCCCCGACGCAGCAAAGGGUGCCGACGGUCGGUACUACCUGUAUUUCCCGGCGCGUGCACACGACGGUGUCUUCCGCAUUGGUGUCGCCGUGAGCGACAAGCCCGAGGGUCCCUUUGCUCCCCAGCCCGAGGCCAUCAAGGGCUCGUUCUCGAUCGACCCGGCAUCCUUUGUCGACGAGGACGGCACGGCCUACCUCUACUUUGGCGGCCUGUGGGGCGGCCAGCUGCAGCGGUACAACGCCGACGGCACCGUGUCGGACCCCAAGGCUCCCGAGGAGCCAACCGGCGCCGGCGUGCGUGCCCUUGGCCCCCGCGUCGCCCGUCUCCGCGGCGACAUGCUCGAGUUUGACGAGACGGUCCGCGAGAUCCUCAUCGUCGACGACGAGGGCAACCCCAUCCUCGCCGACGACCACGAGCGCCGCUUCUUCGAGGCCGCCUGGAUGCACAAGCGUAACGGCAAGUACUACUUUUCCUACUCGACCGGCGACACCCACCUGCUCGCAUACGGCAUCGGCACCAGCCCCUACGGCCCGUUCACGUACCAGGGCACGAUCCUCGAGCCCGUCGUCGGCUGGACGACGCACCACUCGAUCGUCGACGACUUUGAGGGCAAGUCGUACCUCUUCUACCACGACUGCGAGCUCAGCAAGGGCGUCGACCACCUGCGCAGCGUCAAGUGCCGCGAGAUCCAGUACGACGCCGCCGGCAAGAUCAUCAAGCAGACGCCUUGA